AUGGGCAACUAUGGCUAUGGAAAACGAAAUGAACGUGGUGAACAAUUAUUAGAAUUCGCAACAUCACACAACCUAUUCAUUUGCAACACAGCAUUUCAACAAAAAGCAAGUCGAAAAUGGACAUGGGAAUCACCGGUUGGUUUACACAAGAACAUGAUUGAUCUAAUCAUCAUUCAAAAGCGCU